CUUUGAGUUGAUGUAAGCGACACAACAUGGCGGAAUCCGGAGAUAAAAGUCAAGAGAAGUCGAAAUCUCAGGUUGAGACUGAAAUCGAUGAAGAACUGAAUGAAUUAUUAGACAGUGCAUUGGAGGAUUUUGAUGCAAAUGCAAAGCCUGGGCAAAAAAAGGACCAGAAAACUGCAACACCAAAAACAGAUGGAGCAAAGGGAGCAGCUGCAGGCGGAGGUGAUGAUCCCAUCUCGGACAUGUUUGCAGAACAGUUUUCUGAUGAAAUGGCGCGAGAGUUUGAAGAUGCAAUGAAGGGUCUACUCUCAGAUGACCCAAACAUGAUGCAGCAGAUAGAGAAACUGGCUGAGGCUGCAGGCAACACAGAUGAUAACCCUGAAGGCCAGAAAGAGUUUGGAGAAACAUUAAAACAGACUCUAGCAAGCUUAGCUCAAAAUACAGAAGGAUUACAGGAUGCUGCCUCAGGCACAGGAGUGGAGGAUGAUAUGAUGAAGAUGUUUUCUGGUCUGGGCCUCGACCCAAAUGCCCAGGAGGACAACUUUAUGCCAAUGAUGCAAAACAUGAUGAAAACAUUGCUUUCAAAAGACGUGCUAUACCCAUCAUUAAAAGAAAUUUCAGAAAAGUAUCCCCCAUGGCUGGAGAAAAAUAAAUCCAAAAUUACAGAAGCAGAGUUCAGCAACUACUCUAAACAAAAUGUCAUGAUAUCACAGAUUUUAGUAGAAUUCGAUAAAGAAAAGUCUACUGACACAGAUGAUAUGAAGAAACAGAGAUUCGAACAGAUAAUGGAAAUGAUGCAAAAGAUGCAGGAUCUGGGUCAACCACCGAAGGAAAUAGUUGGUGACAUGGCUCCAGGACUUGAUUUUGAUGCCAAUGGUGUUCCAAAGUUUCCCGGGACUUCAGAUGCCUGCUCAAUCAUGUGAUAAUUUGUAGACAUUUGAUUAGUUCUUACCUGUAUCAUGUGACACUCAAUCAGCAUUUUCAUUGGUUGUUUCUAAAAUCAUGUGACAGCAGUCAGCCUUUUCAUUGGUUGAUUGUUAAAGUCAUGUGAUUCUCAACUAGCUUUUGAUUGGGUUGCAUACAUGUACAACUAUUAUGUGAUAUACACAGCUGAUUUUCUUCGCUGUUAUUGUUUAAAUAUGCCUUUAGAUAUUCUAUGUUGUUUUUUUGAUCAAGCUUGAAGUUUAAAAAAUUGUUCCAACGUAGAAAAGAAUGAAUUAUUUGAUAAUAUAUUAAUAAUAAUAAUGACUUAAAAACUGACUGUAAUAAAUUAGUUUUAUUGUAGAUAUUUUUGCAUAUUUGUUGCUGGUGAAAUGAUUGUUGUAAUUAUAUUGUUUCAGAUUUUUAUAUUUUUUUGUAGUACAUGUAAACGUCAAUAUUUGUAUUACUCGUACAUCCCUUGUUUUGAAGAGAUGCUCUUUAUGAUUAUAUAAAUGAAUAAUAUUAAGAAUUGACAUUAUAGAAGUGGAUGUCUAGUGUUUUCAUUGAAAUUAUUCAUCUGAAGGUACAUAUUUGUUUAAUUUUCACUAGUCUCAAGAUUCCAUCCUGGGCUUUUUUACUGUAUGAUGACUACCAGGGCCGCAACCCAUAUAUACUAAUACUCUUGGUGAAGAUAUGAAACGGCAGUCUGAUUUUAUCUUCAUGGUAUAUCGUAAUAAUGCUUUUUAAACAGACUUUUUCCUGCGCAAAAGGAUUUUUUAAAAGUCAUCAAAAGCUGAUAGAUUUUUCCUUAUUCUAUUUGAAUUGCGGCUAUAGAGUCUUUUGGCGAUUUUUUGUUUGGGCGACUCUACACUUCCAUAGUACACUGUAUCAUUCGUAUGCCAAAUGCAAGCGCUAAGAAUAUCUUGCGGAAAACACACCUGCUAAUAAUCAUUAAGAAAAAGUCACUAUUGGUAAACCAAGAUGACGAUGAAAAGUUGACACUAACAAGUCAUUAGUAAAUGGUAUUGGCUACUAAAUCUACGAUUCAGUGUUAUAGUGGAGUUAUAGUGGUAGAGUAUAUUUUACUUUGGUAUGAAUCGGUUGACUUUUGUUGUUAAGUAGAACAUAAUGAAUUUACAAAUGUUUAAAAAGUAGCCCUUACACACAUUAUUGUAACUAGACGAACCUUGCGACUUACCAAAAUUUAAUUAAAUGUUAUAAUAAAUUGUCCUAGUCCAACAGCUCAAUAUUUGUUGAUUUUAUGGAUCUUUUUUCUUUUAAAUUUCCAUUAUGUGAUGAUAAGGCUUGAAAGAUUUGUCUUUAGUUUUACAAUUUUAACGAUAUUGCGAUAUAUUGCAAGAAGGGCGCUGUAUAUUUCCAAAUAAUUAUUAAUAUUGAAAAAAAAGUGUUUGGUUUAUUGUUACAAUGCUAACGUAUACAAACCAAAUUGGAAACUUAAAAUUCAAAGAUUUCGACAUCAUGAAUCCGUGUCACAAGAUAUAAACAUUAAAUUUUUCUAUGAGUGUCUUGUACUUUGAAUGGUGUUUGCCAUUGUUCAGUGGACUGUCCUCGUUGCUUUAGAAUGCAAAUCUGGAUGCAUUAGCAGUGUAAUCGGGGAAAAAAAUAAUGGCGGGUGGGGUAAAUGGGGUAAAUUGGAAUUUUAUGGUUAAAGACACACUUUUAAUGAUAAUACAUAAUGAAAUCUAAAACUUAAUGUCACACGUUUUUUAUUCAAUUUGGUGACUUUUUGUUUUUUUUAUAUGUAUUUAUAUAACAUUCCUGAUAGAUUUUACCCUUUGAAUGUAUGUGAAAGUAAGCAUAAUUCUUAUUACGUUAUGUUAUUAUUUUGCCUAUUAUUGUUUGAAUGUAGCCACCGUUUUUGUAUAAAUAUUGUACUUUGCAGACUGUAUUUGAUAUUAAUACAUCAAUUGUUAAAAAUCAAAAAUGGAAAAAAUAUAUGUUUUAAGAAAAUUUCAUUACAAAUGCUUACCAGGUAAUGUCUUCCUAUCUGUUCUUCAAAAUAUAUAUUCUGAUAAUGUUCAUAGUAUAGUUUGAGUUGGGAAACUACAAAUUAAUUGCUAGAAUUUCAUCCCCGCAAGCCCCUUAAAGUUUAUUGACCGAAUAAAAAUGUUGAAUUAGGGUCUGUAUUUGUGUAUCGCUCCGGUACUGUCCGGGAACGCAACGGUAUUUGUGGUUUAUCUAGAAACACAUGUUUAUGGUCCCUUAUCAGCAUGAACACAUAUUCAACCAUGAAACAGUGAUCGAAGAAAAAAGAAAUAUGAAAUGUCACCCAACGCUUCCAUUUAAAAAAAAAUUGGUUGAAAAUCUAGCAAUUAUUUUAUAUUCACCUUAAAUGGGAAAUUAAAAAAAAAUCACCAAACAUAAACUAAAUACAUUCUAUAGAUACUAUACUAUAGAUACUCUGCUUUUAAAAAUACUCUGAACGGUGGUUUUUCGAUCUCCCUCGAUACAUAAUACAUCAUAUUAAUUUUGCAUUUUUUUUUUAAAUAUGUCUUCAGAUCAUUUAUCUUCCUAGAUAUUAUACAAUGUAUGUCAAAGAACAUGAAAAGGAUCAUAAGAGCUUAUUAAUUUUGUAACAGAGAAUAUUUCGAUUUGUUUUGUAAUGAAAACUGCAUUGUAACAAUUGCAUUGUAACAUUUAUGCAUUAUAUUUUAUAAAUGUAGUUAUUAUCAAAGAAGAUGAUAAUGUCCGUGUAAAAAAAAUCACCGAGAUUUUACUACAUGUUUUUGUUUAAAAUUGUCAAACUGAAAGUGAUUCCUUUUCAGUACUGUUUCAACUUUUACUGAUGGGCGUUCAAGCAAUAAAAAGAUUAAUCAUGUUUCUAUCUA